AUGAAGCUGGUCCAUAGCCCUUCCUUGCGUAACUGCUUCACCGGCUGCCUUCUUCAUGGCAAUCACAGAGAGAGCUUAAGGCAACCUCAAACCAAUUGGAUACUGCAUGAGAAGCAAGAAAGCUGGGUGGAAACCAAACCAAUGAUUAUGUUUCCGACACCACAAUUAAGUAACACCCUGGUGUCAUGUACGGUGUUACCGUUAAGACAUUCCAGAGUCCCAAUUCAUAAACGGGUUAGGGAGUCACUUUGUUUUGAUUUGCGAAUUCCAGCUCUGAGUUGUGCCACCUUUGCCCAUAGGGCUGCCAAGGUGGGGUCUGGAGGUGAUGCUGUGAUAUUUCCUUUUCCUUUUUGCUAG